GAUCAUUAACCUUUCUGGAAAACGCAGCUGCAGUUCGCUGAGGUUUGUCAUUAGAAUGUGAAGAGGGCCACAGAGAUACUGCAGACUGUUUACAGACUGGUUUACUCUGAGAGCUGUUGCCCCCCUUUACUUUGGCAAGAAAAUGAGAUUUCGACAGUUCUUUUUUGUAUUUUUAAUUUUUAUGAUGAAUCUUCUCCUUAUCAACGGACAGAGACCAGCUAAUCUGGCCUUGAGAAGAAAACUGCACAGACACAACUGCCUUCAGAGGAGAUGCAUGCCUCUCCAUUCACGAGUGCCCUUCCCCUGAGAACUCUGUAACUGACCUCACCAGGUCUGCCAGAAGAAGAGGAACAAAGAAAAGAUACCUAGCCACCCA